GGAAGCCGUCUCGGUGCCGAGAGGAACACAAGCUAGGAGAGUAACAGACGUUAAAAAACACUUUUGUUUGUUGAUUGUGUGUUGUUUUAAAACGACAUAGCCUGGAACCAAUUAUUUAAAUGUCUGCCUGAUGUGUGAUGGUCAGAGAUGAGCGUCACUUUGGAUAUAAGACUGAAAAGAGCAAACAAAGUUUACCAUGAAGGGGAAGCGGUGGCUGGUGUCAUCUUGCUGGUGUGUAAGGAGGCGCUGCAGCACCACGGCAUCUCUCUGAACAUGGAGGGAUUGGUGAACCUGCAGCUGAGCUCCAAGAGCGUCGGCGUCUUCGAGGCUUUCUACAACUCUGUCAAGCCCAUCCAGCUGAUCAGCAGUAACAUCGAGGUGGCCAAGGCAGGAAAAGUCCCGGCAGGCAAGACCGAGAUCCCCUUUGAGUUCCCGCUGAACACAAAAGGCAACAAAGUGUUGUACGAGACCUACCACGGUGUCUUCGUCAACAUUCAGUACACCCUCCGCUGUGACAUGAAGCGCUCCCUGCUGGCCAAAGACCUGAGCAGGAGCUGUGAGUUCAUUGUGCACUGUCAGCCGCAGAAAGCUAAAGUUGUCCCAACUCCAGUCAACUUCACCAUCACUCCAGACACCCUGCAGAAUACCCGCGAGAGGAGUUCACUGCCAAAGUUCCUCAUCAGAGGCCACUUAGAUGCCACCAACUGUGUAAUCAGCCAGCCGUUGACAGGAGAGGUGGUGGUGGAAAACUCGGAUGUUCCCAUCAAGAGUAUUGAACUGCAGCUGGUGCGAGUAGAGACCUGUGGUUGUGCUGAAGGUUACGCUAGAGAUGCCACGGAGAUCCAGAAUAUCCAGAUAGCUGAAGGUGAUGUCUGCCACAGCUUCCCUAUUCCCAUCUACAUGGUGUUCCCCAGACUGUUCACCUGCCCCACACUGGAGACCACCAACUUCAAAGUCGAGUUUGAAGUGAACAUCGUCAUCGUGCUUCAUGAUGACCACCUGAUCACGGAGAACUUCCCUCUGAAGCUGUGCAGAGUCUGAACCUGGAAAUCACAUCGGCACUGAGAUAAGUUCACUGCAGGCCUGGGCGCCCCAAAAACGCGAGUCUUCUGUUUCCAUGUGGAGAUCUGAACAGAUUUUCUACAUAAUUUAAUAAUUCCUCUAAAGCCAGAAAAAGUAGUAAUGCUAACCAAGAGUGGCUCCACCAGCAGGAAGUGGUUUUGACUUAAUAAACCUGCUUUUCUUUUCAUAAAUACACAAGUGUUUUGAUAUUGUUCCUUUGUGAAUUUGUUAUUUCAGUUUAAUAAAUGAAAGUGAAUAUUGAA